CCGUCUGCCUCCCUGGCCGGCUCCCGUCGCGUCGCCCCGGCUCCUCUGGCUCAUCGGACGCCUCGGCCCGGCCAUGGCGGACUUCGAUGAGAUCUACGAGGAGGAGGAGGACGAGGAACGGGCGCUGGAGGAGCAGCUCCUGAAGUACUCCCCCGACCCGGUGGUGGUGCGCGGCUCCGGCCAUGUCACCGUGUUUGGACUAAGCAACAAAUUUGAAGCAGAAUUUCCUUCAUCUUUAACUGGAAAGGUUGCACCUGAAGAAUUCAAAGCCAGCAUAAGUAGAGUUAACAGUUGUCUUAAGAAGAAUCUUCCAGUUAAUGUGCGAUGGCUAUUAUGUGGAUGCCUUUGCUGCUGCUGCACUUUAGGUUGUAGUAUGUGGCCAGUUAUCUGCCUCAGUAAAAGAACACGAAGAUCGAUUGAGAAGUUAUUAGAAUGGGAAAACAAUAGGUUAUACCACAAGCUGUGCUUGCAUUGGAGACUAAGCAAAAGGAAAUGUGAAACGAAUAACAUGAUGGAAUAUGUAUUGAACUAUAAACAUGAUUUACAAUCCUGUAUUAAGUGGCAACAAUUCUGAAGUCAUCCUUAUAGAGUUUUUACCAAAGACACCGAUUUUUCGACCAGAUUAGCGUUUGAUUUAUUUAUAGAGACUUAUUCAAGUAUGUUGUCUUUCCAAUGGUGCCUUGCUUGGUGCUCUCCUGGUAGUGAUAUAACAUUGGUUCUACAGCAUCUUGUGGUUGUUUCAUUUGUUUGUUUGUUUUGGUUUUUAUGUGUUUGUUUGUUUUGGGUUUUUUUUUUUUUUUUUUUUUGGUUGGUUAGUUGUUUUUUUGUGUUUUUUUGUUUUUUUGGGGGUUUUUUUAAUAAGUGUAUGUUCUAAGUGCAUUUGGUCAAACUCUGGAAAGUAAUUUCACACAAAUGUUAAUUACUACUUUAAGUUAUUUUUACUUUUGCUACUUCUGUUUAUUAAUGUAUCUUGAUUUUCAGAAGAGUCUUUUAUAUGUGUGCGAGCGCGUGUGUACAUAUAUAUAUUACUAUAAAUACACAGCUGAAAAUGUUAUACAAGUGAACAAGUAUUUUUUUAUCCCAAUAUGAUACAAUUGAUUGACUGUACAUUGUGUAAAUCCCUUUAGUCAUUCAUUUACAUGCUGAAGUUCCUUCUAAGAUAUUUGGAAAUUUCUGUCAGUGACUAGUCAAUUGUAAAUACUUCCAUUUCUUUUUGGGAUAUUGACUAGUCCCUUCCAGCUAAAGAAGGAGACAAAGUUCUUCUUGAAACUGAUUUUUGGAACCCAGAUGUUGUUAGUAGAAAUCUAUGCUUUUUAUGAACAAGUUCUGUUAACUGGUUCUGAAAAAGUUUGGCUUUAAAAAAUUUAAGAAAAAAAAAAAAAAAGGCAGCCGAGUGGAAUUAUUCUACUCAGACUAGAAGAAUUACUGAGAGCAUUGCAUGCAUCUGGUUGGUAGAACUUGAGAUCACAAAACUAUAUUAUUAUUGCAUUUUAUAAUGUAGCUGUUUUAAUUAAGUCAGUUACCAUGUGCCAGCUUUAUUCAUACUGUUUACCAGAUCUUGUACACAGGGGUGCAGAAGGACUUGUUGUAUUAAAACUUAAUUGCCCAAGAAGAUCUUUCAUGGGGUUUUUUGUUUGUUUAUUUUAAAGCCACAUAAGAAGAAAAAAGUUACUGAAUUCUUGAACAACAGAGUUCCAGAUGCAAAUGCCAUGUAUUAAAAGUAAUCAAAGCAGGGUGCACUGGGCAACAGUGUAAAUGUGUUAGGCAGUUAUUUGUUGCACCCUUUCUUUUGCUCUUUUUGGUUUACAAAGGUUAUUUUCUGCACCAGUAGAAGACUUUUUUUUUAACUGGAUAUAUGUUGUAUACUUGGGUCAGGCCAGUUGUAUUUCAUUUCUUCUGAUUAUACUUCAGUUGUCUAUAUCUUCACACGCACCUUUUGAGUUUAAUUGCAACUCUUGUAUUGUAAAAUUUGCUUCAGGUAUCUAAAAUUACUACACACAAAAUUGAUGUAAGUUAAGAACAUGUUCCUUGUACAGUUGUGUUAGCAAGCAAUAAUGUGAAUAUAUGAAAAAAACAGAUAUACUCUGCUUAAUAUUUGUAUGAAUGAAAAGUUGAUACCACUACAAGAAUAGUCUUCUCUUUUUAAUCUUUUAAAUACAAGUUUUAUUUCAAGGUAAUGUAUUACAGCUACCUUGAUGCUGUGAAAUAUUUUUCUAUGUCUUCAAAAUAUUUAUUCUCUGUAAAAUAUUCUCUAGUGAAUAUUAUAUUCCUAAAUUGUUUGUAGUGGGAGUGGCCUAGAAAGUUUUAAAUUUUUUUAAAUCUAAGCCUUCUGUGUCCGUUCCCAAAAUUCAUCCUUUGCUCAGCUUUCAUCUGUGGAUUCUUGCUGUUCAAUUUGAAAAUAGCUCAGCUAUGCUUUUCAUACAAGCCUGUAAGGGUGUUUCUCUAACUUGACAGAAUAUGAUUUUUAAUUAACAAAUCUCAAUUUUGUGCUGGCCGCAGUCUUCUGAGUGCCACCCAUGGUUUCUCUACAAAGUAACUGUUCGUUAUUUUCUAAAAAUCAAUUUCAACCUCUUCUUCAGUACAAAUCUGGGUCGGCUGCACUUCUCUCACCCAGAAGUAUUAACUGUAACCUCAGGCUAGUUUCAGCCCACGAGAGGACAGAAAUGUAACAUUGAUGGCAGCGAAGACUGGGGAGGUUGGGGGUGCAGAGGAGAGGUAGGAAUUGAACAGAAGUGAUAACUGGUGAUAAAUACUUAUACCUGAUUUCUUUAAGUGUCAUUUUUCAAUAAAAUGAAUAUUGGAUCAUAUGAGGCCUAGAGUUUGUAAAAAUUUUCAUUUGACUAUAGUGAUAAUUUGUGUCAUGGAUGCAGUUUUCCACUGAUGUGGAAACCUGUCCCUCUGCUCUAGUGGAGGAUAUGGCUUGUGAUAUGUUCAUAGCAGCUAUUUGCCUUAGUUUACUGCUCAAACCUCCCAUAGUGUGUUCUGUCCAUGUCCACAGCUACCUUGCCAGCAGCACCAAACCCAGCUAUAGUAAAGCUGCUUUGGGUGUGAUGUGUGCUGAGACCAGAGCAGUGAAUAGAGUGUGGCUUACAGGUUUACAGAGUAUCCCAUUAGUGAAUCUUCCACAUUAACAGGUAGUGAUGCUUAAGAUCUUGUCUACUUCUAGGUGCAUCAGCAGAUAGGCUUGGUUAGCAGGCAUUUCUGUGUCUUAGCUGUGACUUUCUCUUUUGAGAAAUAAUAGAGAGAUCCAAAGUAGAGCUCCGAGCAAUUUAAAAGUUAAAUCCCUUUGUAAGGAGGCCAGACUUACUCCCUCAAAAAGUAUUCUGGAUAUUUUAUUAAAACAAUGUCUCUGACUUAAAACAUAAUCAGGAGACUUGAGAAGCUCUCUGUAGGGAGGUGAGUUUUAUCUCAGAAGUGGUAUUCUCCUGAAGAAGUAGUGCACUCACCUAGUAAGAAUGUUACAAAACAUUUUCAUACAAUCCCUUUCAAAUUUUUAAUUACAAUGAUGGAAAUUGAGGAUGGCAGGAGCUUUAAUCGACUUUUAUGCCUGCGGCAGUUGUCAGGAUUUUCUUUUGAUGUUGCUUCUGAAAUACUAGAUCUAUUUAUUUUGAUUGCUAGUGAGAAGACAUAUAUUGCCAUUUUUGUCACUUGGCAAAGAACAAAAUUGCACAGUUUGAGCAGACCAGAAGUUAUAGUAGGACUUCCAGGAUACAGCCUACUCUUUGCUAAAAUACUAACUUGAUUAGCUUCCUGCAACUCAGCAAUUCCUGCAAAUAAUCUUAUCUAUUUCAAAUUUCCUUGAACAGUUAAGUUAGGUAUCAAGUUGAUAUUAAUCAUUCAGCAAAUGAUGCUAAUUAUGCCUGUUUCAUCUUUAGCCUGCUAAACUAAUGGUGAAGGCAUCAAUGAAUCCCUAUGAGAGCUAAUUAUUAUUUUUAGAUAUAGUUGCCUUUAACUGGUGAAUAAAGAUUUUUUUUCUUAGUGUAAUAUAAUAGAAACAAAUUGUUUUAAAUUUUUUAGUCAUGGGUAGAAAUAAGUUUUGAGGGAGAAGGACUUUUCUCUGACCUUAUGUGAAGAAUUCUGAAGAGCUCAUCUGUUGUUAAGUAGCUGUGACUUGGAGUUUAUUUUGGGAUUGACAAACCUCACCAGAAAUGAAAAUGUUCAUGGAGACAGGUUACAGGAAGUCAGUAAUUUUUUUUUUUUAAUAGGUCAGUAAGAGUAAUUUUAAUAAACUAUUUAUGCAAAUCCAAAAUGGCCCAUGAUACUUAAACCCAAGUAGAAUAGUUUGUAUAAACUUUUUAUAGUACUUAGAUGUAAAUUAUAAUCUCUAAACUAAUUUGUUGAAUGACAUGUUUUUUGUAAUUCUCCAAGACCAUGAUGUUUAAAAUAAUACGUUGUCUCUCAGAUACAGGGUUACUUAAAAGUCAGUUUUAAUUUAUUUCUUUUUUUAACAGUCAUUAUGUAGCCCCAAAGAUUGUAGGAAGAGCUUUAAAAUGCAAUCUGUAACUGCUUAGAAGCCGGGAGCCAAGGAAAAAGAACUUGUCUUUAUUCCGUUCCCUCCACCCCCCCCACCCCAAAGUCUUAAUUUUAAAUCAGUCCCCUAGUUUAUGGGUUUUGUGCAGCUGGCUAUAAUGCAAAUUGUCCACCAAAACCCCCGUUGGAAUUCUGAACAGUUUAAAGAGAUCACUUUAAUUGAAGAGGUGAAAGACUUGUUAAGUGAAGAAAAUCCGUGGUUCUUUUAAGUUCUCCCAGCACUGCCGUUGAGUAAUUAAAAGAAGGGUCCUGAUGACCCUACAUUAGGUCAAAAUCCAGAUGAUUUUGUGUAAAGGAAACACUCAAUUAGAGAGGUCUCAGAGCCUCAAAUGUCUUGGAUUCAUAGUAGUGAUUUACUAAGGGUAAGUGGUGCUGGCUAGUUUUGUAUCUGUGACUAACAUCACAUUAUGUUGCUCUUCAGUGACCUUGUUUAUGAAAAGAAAGCAUUUCAGAAAUCUGUAUUCAUCACUGCUAAUUUGCUGUAAUUUCUGUGCUUCUCCCUAUAGCCAUGUUGCAUUUCCAUGACAAACAGCUAAUUGUAUGAUCAUUAUAAUGCCUUUAAUAGCCAUAUUGUAGGUAGAAAUAUUAACUUCUCAGGGACUAAUAGGAAAUAUGAACAUGGUAUUUAAUGAGCUGAAUGCCUAUCUGCAUGAAGGCUUACUUUGCAAAUGUCACCCUAGAAACUUGAUUGUAAUAUGCAUGACCAUUAUGAAUGUUAUCAAUAUAAAGUUAUGAGAGCUUCUUUUACCCUGUAUUACUAGGCUGCUGAAUGUCAAAGUGUGCUGGGCAAGCAUAAAUGAAAGGGUUUUUUUCUGAUUUGGAUGGAGUGGUUAUUUCUAAUGGUGCUACCUUCUUAAUUCCUGUGUUUAUUCUUUGUAAAAUUCUCUCUGUAGCUUGGGGAAUCGGGGGAUACUGGUGUACUAAGAAAACAGUAUCAUUCUUCUUAAGGAAGUAGAAUAAUUUCAAGGGGGGAAGUACUCUAGAAGUGAAAAAAUUUCACUACUGAAAACAUGUGUUUAUUCUUCAUUAGAUAUCCAUUCAUAUUGUUUUGUUGGUUUGUUUUCAGUUCAUUAAUUUAUGAACUUUCAUCUUUCUGCACACUGGUAUUUCAGUCAGUGUAGGCUGAAUUAUUGAAUAAUGGAAAAAUUAAAACUCCCUGAUUCCUUGCAUGAAACUUCAUAUGUGGACACUUGUGCUGGUGUGUGUAUGUAUGUAUCCCUACCACAUAACACCUGGGUAAUAUGCAUCUUUUAUAAAACUACAGUUUACUGGUUUCAUGGAAAUUGUCUAUUUAAAAAAAAAAAAGAAAAAAAAAAUCUUCUGGUUUAGCUCAUUAAUAUUUCAUUAAAAUUUAUUUUCUUGAAAAAGGAUUCAUAAAUGCUUGGCUCCUGAAAAUACAACAGACCAGUAGGAACAGUUUAGUGAGGCAAAAGAUGAAACAUAGGAAUUAAGAGAAGCAACACUCAAAAGAUUGGAUUUGGGGAUUAGAUUUAGAGGUUUUUGAGUAUGACAGAAAAUAGUUUUGAACUGAAUUAAAUGGCAUUGAAUGAUGCAAGUUAGCAGUCCAUUUCAGUAAUUAUGUAGCCUGUGUGUUAACUUCUGUUCACUUUUUUUUAUUUUGGUGUGUUACUAAUUUAUUUUGGUUAUGCUCUAGUUGAGAGACAAUUCUGCUAUCAGAAUAAUAAUGCAGAAGGUAAGCUUCCUUUUGAACUCAGCAUCUCUUCAUUUAAAAUAGCCAGACCGAAAUGGAAUUGCUGAUGAGAGCUGCUCUGAGUGCAGAACAGUCUUCCUAAUCUGGAGCCUGUAAUGUAUGGCUAAUUGUUUCCAAAGAAAAUUCUUGACCUGUCCAGACAUCUCCUGUCAUGUGACAGUAUAUUUAAGGCCCACAAGUAGGAUCCAGUUAGUACAAUUUAAGUUCAGGUAAGUAAGACUUUGGUAGUUAAUUGUAGUUUUUAUGGAGAAGGGAACCAUUGACAAAUGCUAAUUUUAGAAAACAAAUAGAUUUUUAGAAUGUUUGUUGAAACAUGCUUUUUUGUUGUUGUUUGCUCCCCAUUUAUAGCUUAAUAACUUAAAGUUACUUUGCCUUGUGUUGAAAACUAGACUUAGUAGUCAGCUGAAGACUUUUUUUUGUAACAGUAUUUUAGGUUUAUGAAUGCAUUUUUAAAGUCAUGUUUAGAAAUGUUUCAGAAAGUCAUAUCCUGAUGCAACGUUACUGAUAUUUUUAGUGGCUGUAUGUUUAAACUGGUUUCAUUAUGCUGAUCUACGUAUCUAACUCAUCCACUCCAAGUGUUUAUCUCUGAUCCUUUUAUGCUAGCAAUAGGCUUUCUAAUUUGUUAGGAUAUGCAGUGUACCUACUGGUUGAUAUUGUCAAUGAAGAGUUUGAUUCAGUGAGAUAACAGAAAAUGUGAAGGAGUUCCUUAUUUAAAAAGUGUAACCCAGGUUCUUGUUUUCAUAAAGGAUGGAGUUUGGCAAUCAGAAUAUGAACUCAUUCCAAACAUAAAAUGGAAAGAGAAUAGUAAACUACAAAACAGUGCCUAAAUGUUGUGUGCUAAAUUAGACCUGUGUAACUCAUGUUGCUUUAAAAGAAUUUGCAGACAAUUGCAUCGGACUGUGUAUACUUAGGGAAGACCUGUUAAAUGUAUGAAGCACUAAUGGUAAAUAAGUCGCUGAAAACAUGUUGCCAUCAAGAGGGAAAAGUUAAAACCCAGUAUUUUGGAGUAUGUUAAAAAUCCAUUUCAAGCAAAAAACGUGUAAGCAAUAAUUUAACCUAAAACUGGAAAUUAAAGAAGCUGCUGCUACUUAUAGAGAGACUUGAUGUUAAUUUUGCCUGUUGGGCAUCUCUCCUCUCACAAGGAGUUUAGAAAGGUAGGGCUGCUGUGAUUUCCACUAUUGUAACAUUCCUCUUCAAGUCUCCUAAGUCUGGGUGAGAGACUCAAAGCUUAGAAGCCAGUACUGUGUUUACAGGGUGCACAGCUUUGGGAGGGGAAGAUGGGAAUAAGAGGACUUUUUAAAGGCUGCACAAUUGUAUAUAUGCAUAUUUAAGAAUAUUUAACCAUGUCUGCUGAAUUACUGAGGCUAAUCUAUUGUUGAAUUAUAGGAUAUUAUUUAAUACAUUGACAUUGGUUUUUCCUGACCUGACCCGGAAUUGGAAUGGACUCCAAUGUAACUUUUUUUAAAGCAU